GUUGACUUUAUUUUUGAGCUGAGACUUGAUUUGUUCACUCUGAGAGAGACUGUCGCAGCAAGAAUUGUACCUGGUGUUGACUGUUGAUGCUCGGUGAAGUCAGACUAACUACAGUAUGCUGUUAUGCCAGAUAUGGUGUGACCUCGACCAACAUUACCAUAAAACUGCAAUAAAAGAUCCAACUUCAGGCACCAACUUCAGCUACUAAAGUGGAAUUCCUGUGACACAAAAUGGCGUCAUCAGCAUCUGCAUCUGAUCUCAGGAUUGCGAUAUUUGGAAAAAGUCAGAAUGAACAGACAACACUAAGUGACUUCAUCACUGGAAAAAGAGAUUCUUCUCAUCCAACAAUGACCAAACAAUCUGCACACAUCCACAGAGAGUGGAGGAAACAACCCUUCACGGUAGUGAAAACGAACGCGAACAUCUUCAGUGUGCCGGUGGAACGGGUGAAACACGCGAUGAAGAAGUGCGUGGUUGAAUGCCCUCCUGGACCAAAUGUCCUCCUUCUCUUAGUGAAGCCGUCUGACUUCACUGAGCAGGACCGACAAAAACUGAAGUUCAUCAUUAGCUUCUUUGGACAAGAUGCUUUUCAAUACUCAAUGGUCAUCCUAACACAAAAUGAUAGGGGACAGAAUUUCUCGCUCAAUCAACUCAUCCAAGACUGCGGACAAAGGCAGCACAGAAUGAACUUUGAUGAAAAAGACUUCCCUGACUACGAUCGUAAAGAAUUGAUGGGGAAAAUGGAGAUCGUAGUGGAUGAAAACAGGCGGCGAUAUUUAAUCUUCACCGAAGACACUGAUUCCAUGGCAGCACCUGAAUGUGCAAAACCUCCUCUAAACCUGGUGUUGUUUGGGACACACAGAGCCUGGAAGACUUCAACGGCCAACGCCAUCCUGGGAGAAAGAAAGUUUGGACCACUUGUUGACUCAUCAGAGUGUGUUAAAAAGCAAGGAGAGGUGUGUGGACGCUGGGUUUCCCUGGUGGAGCUUCCUGCCUUGUAUGGAAAACCUCAACAGGCAGUUAAGAAAGAAUUAUUGAAGUGUAUCUCCCUCUGUGAUCCCGAGGGCGUCCAUGCCUUCAUCCUGGUCCUACCUGUGGGUCCCCAAAGUGAGGAAGACAAGAAAGAGUUGGAGACCAUCCAACAUACUUUCAGCUCCGGAGUCAAUGAUUUCACCAUGAUUCUUUUUACCAUGGAGACAAAUCCCAGCUUUAGAGCCGAGAGGUCUCUACAGGAAAGCAGAGAAAUCAUUCAGAGCUGUGGCGGACGAUACCUUGUCUGCAACAUCAAGGACAGGCAGCAGGUCUCUAAGGUGUUAAAUACCGUGGAAACGAUGAGAGCUGUGGGACGCCGGAGCUUCACGAAAGAUAUGUUUCCCAAGCCUCAAAUUAAUCCGGUUACAAAACACACAUCAGAUGCAGAAAGUUGGAGUGGAGCGUUCCACAGGAAUGCGCAGAGUACAAUGUCUCUCAGGAUGCCGCCGAGUAGAGUGUUACUUAGUAUGGCGCCAAGUACAGAGCCUCCCAGUAUGGUGUCGAGUAGAGAGUCUUCCAGUAAGGUGUCGAGUGGAGCGUUUCACUGGAUGGCGCCGAGUAGAGAGCCUCCCAGUAUGGCGCCAAGUAGAGAGCCUCCCAGUAUGGCACCGAGUAGAGAGCCUUCCAGUAUGGUGUCGAUUAGAGAGCUUUCCAGUAUGGUGUCGAUUAGAGAGCCUCCCAGUAUGGCACCGAGUAGAGAGCCUUCCAGUAUGGUGUCGAUUAGAGAGCUUUCCAGUAUGGUGUCGAUUAGAGAGCCUCCCAGGAUGGCGCCGAGUGGAGAGUCUUUCAGUAUGGUGUCGAGUGGAGAGUCUUUCAGUAUGGUGUCGAGUAGAGAGUCUUCCAGUAUGGUGUCGAGUAGAGAGCCUCCCAGGAUGGCGCCAAGUAGAGAGCCUCCCAGUAUGGUGUCGAGUAGAGAGCCUCCCAGGAUGGCGCCAAGUAGAGAGUCUUCCAGUAUGGCGCCAAGUAGAGAGCCUCCCAGUAUGGCACCGAGUAGAGAGCCUUCCAGUAUGGUGUGGAGUAGAGCGUUUCACUGGAUGGCGCCGAGUAGAGAGCCUCCCAGUAUGGCGCCAAGUAGAGAGCCUCCCAGUAUGGCACAGAGUAGAGAGCCUUCCAGUAUGGUGUCGGUUAGAGAGCCUCCCCGGAUGGCGCCGAGUGGAGAGUCUUUCAGUAUGGCGCCGAGUGGAGAGUCUUUCAGUAUGGUGUCAAGUAGAGAGUCUUUCAGUAUGGUGUCAAGUAGAGAGCCUUCCAGGAUGGCGCCGAGUGGAGAGCCUCUCAGGUUGGUGCUGAUUGGGAAAACUGGUUGUGGAAAGAGUGCCACCGCAAACACUAUUUUGGGCAAAGAAUGCUUUGAUUCUAAACUUAGUCAAACAUCUGUGACCAAGCUUUGCCAGAAAGAAACAGGAGAGAUUGACGGACGGCCCGUCGCGCUGGUCGACACCCCCGGCUUGUUCGACACGUCUCUGACCAAUAAGGAAGUUCAACAGGAGAUUAUGAAAUGCAUCAGCUUGUUGGCUCCAGGACCUCACGUGUUCUUACUGGUGCUGCAGAUCGCCCGCUUCACACAAGAGGAGAAAGAAACCGUGGAACUGAUCAAGGCGUGUUUUGGCAAGAAGUCAGAAGACUACAUCAUGAUUUUAUUCACCAAAGGAGAUCAACUUAAUGACCAAACAAUUGAGAGUUACAUAGGAGAUGACACUGAGAACUCCUUAAAACAACUGACAACGGACUGUGGAAGAAGAUACCACGUCUUCAAUAACAGCGAUCGGGAGAAUCGUUCUCAAGUCAGCCAGCUGCUGACCAAGGUCGAGUCAAUGGUGAGGAAAAACGGCGGCGGCUAUUUCACCUCAGAGUUGUUCCAAAGAGCAGAGGAAGCCAUACAAAAGGAAAAGGAGAAGAUCAUGAGGGUGAAGGAACAAGAGGUGAGGGACCUUGAAAGAAAACAUCAAAAAGAGAUGCGAGAGAAGGAAGAAAAGUUUGCAGAGCUAGAAGCUAAACUUGAUCAAGAAAGAGAAGAGAGAGCCAAAGAAAAGGAGGAGGAGAGGAAGAGAGAACAGAAAAAGAAAGAGGAGAUGAACAAGAAAAGGCAGGAGGAAAUCCAACAACUCAAGUGGGAAGAAAAACUUAAAACUUUGGAGGAACAAAUAAAAUAUGAAUCACAAAAAAAUGCCUUUGCUGACUGGGUGUUAGUAUUACGGUCUAGAGAAGACCUGAAAAAAGAACAAGAGGCUUGGGAGCAGGAACAAAAGGACAAACAAUACCAAGAAGAUCAACAGAAAAGAGAGGAGGAGGAGGAGGAAAAACGACUUAAAAAGCUCAGACAACAAGAUGAUAUGAUCAGAAGGGAACACGAGGAAAGAGAACGUAAAGAGCUACGAGAACUCCAUGAGAAGAAAAUGACAGAAAUGAGGAAGAGAAAUGAAGAGGAGGCCAGGAAGCAAGCUGAAGAAUACAAUGAAUUCAGUAUGAGGAAAGGAAACGCAAAGGAAAAACUGAAGCAGAAGCAACGAAACAAAAAUGACUUGAUGAUAAGACAGCUGAGCAGAAACAUAGUGUACCAGAAAGACAUUAGGAAACUGCAGGAAAAACAAGAACAAGAAAGGAAAGACAUGAAGUUGGCACAUUUUUUGCACGACAGAGAACAUCUGUACAAGGAAAUGAACGAGCUGGAGCAAAAACAUGAGCAGGAAAUCGAUGACUGGAUACAAGAACAUUUGAAGAAAGCCAAACAGGACAAAGGGUGCCCCAUUUUAUGAGAUGUUGCAAAGUUUCAGCUGCAGAACUGAGCUUUUGUUUUGACGACAUGACAUAUUAAAAGGUGCAGUGUUUAGGAUCUGGUGACAUCUAGUGGUGCAACCAACGGAGUACCCCUCCGCUGACUCCUCGCUUUCCAAGACUGCGGUAAACGUGAGCCGCCAACUGCAAAACCGUGGUAACGCCGUUGGCCUCGCUCAGAGCCCAUCCUUACCAUAAUAACACUACUUUAGGAGCAACAGAAGUCAGACGGCGGCUGGUGGUAUCACGGUUUACCACUCUAAGGAUCACGUUACCGCUGUUUCAAGUGGGUCGGAGAACUACGGUGGCCUUCAGCUAACAGUAAAGCGCAAAAGCCUCUCUCUAGAGCCAGAGUUUGUUUUUUUCCAUUCUGGGCUACUGUAGCUCCUUAUGUAGAUAUGAAGGACUCAUUCUAAGCUAACGAAAACACAACGAUGAAUAUUAUAUUCCAUUUCUGCUAAUAGAUCCCCGAAAUGUUAAACACUGUUCAUUCAAGUGUGAUUUAAUUUGUUUUUCAUAUCAAACUGGUGUACAGUAUAUACGGUGAUGGCCUAUAGACCCUUUUUGUGUUGACGUCAUGAUGAGGUCACGGUGUUAGCUGGAGGCUAAACAAAGGAAAGACUGGAGGAACACUAGCAGUGGGCUAAAGUUACACAUCUAAAAUGUCAUCUUGCUGUGUUGUUGGGUGCCAGAAUCCAGAUAUCACAGACAUUUGAGAUGGCAAACUGUGAUUCGAGGCUCUAGCGAGCUACAAUAUCAGAGAAACGAGACAAAAUGUUGCUGAUAUUUAGCCCUCUGCUAACCGCAGCCGUGAGCCAUCAGCAGAAAGCCGUUAGCAGAAAGCUAAACUUUGUCUUUGUCUUGACUUUGUGUUUUUGCACAAACUUUUAAACUGAUAUUAUUUACUUUUAAGACACAGUUAAGAAGGUAAACUAGUGAAUCCUGAUGCAAAUAAAUGAAUGCAUAAAAGAUAUAAUUACAUAUCUAUUUUUUUUAACAAUUAAUUUCUAUUUUUUAUUUACAUAAUAAAUGCAGUCAUAAAAUGUAACUAAACACAAUGCUUACACUGCAAAUGUGUUUUUUCUUUUCUUUUGUUCAGUUGGGUUUAUAAUUACAGAAGGUUAAUAUUAAUGUCACCACAUUUUAAGAAAGUUAAAUCCUCAUUCAGAAUGUUUUUGCUGCUCUCUUGUUUCUUGAAGAACACUUAACAAUUUAACAAUUUAAAACAUGUACAUAGAUGAAUUAAAUGUUUGUUACGUUACACAUUUGUUCCUCGUUGAGCUGAUGUAUCAAGAAGUAUGUUCUACUGUGACAAUGGGAACCAACGAUCCACUGAAAAUAAUUUUCAGAUUUGAUGAUUGAUGUUUUAAACCGUGUUUAACAUUUAUUUCUAAUUAAUUAUUCUUAUUACUUAUGUGUUGUAAAUAAAUGUGGUAAGCUCUGCAGUUUACGUCUAGUGUAUCUGUGUAACAGACAGGUAAACUAAAGUCUUGACUUUGUCUUUUUGCACAAUCUUUUAAACUGAUAUUUACCUAUUUUCCUUUUAAGACACAGUUAAGAAGGUAAACUAGUGAAUCCUGAUGCAAAUAAAUGAAUGCAUAAAAUAUUUAAUUACAUUCCUAUUUUGUUUCGCUAGGAAUUUCUAUUAUUUACUUAAAUAAUAAUUGCAGUCAUAAAAUGUGACUUAACAUCUAGGCUUACACUGUAAAUACUUUUUUUGUAAUAUAUGUAUUUUUUUUGUUGAGUUGUGUUUAUAAUUACAGAAGGUUAAUACUAAUGUCACCACAUUUAAGGAAAGUUUAAUCAUCAUUUAAAAUGUUUUUCCACUGCAAAAUCUGCAAAUAUACUCUCUUGUUUCUUAUAAGCACACAUAACAAUUUAAAAAAUGUAUAUAGAUGAAUAAAGUGUUUGUUAAAUUAAACUUUUUUUCCUCGUUGAGCUGAUGUAUGAAAAUCGAUAUGUUCUACUGUGACAAUGGGAGCCAACGAUCCACUGGCCAUGAAAUAAGUCUUCAAUGUGUUGUUCUGAUUUUGCUAAACAAAACGUGUUAAAUCAUUUUCCGUUUUGAUGAUUGAUGUUUUAAACCAUAUUUAACAUUUAUUGCUAAUUACAUAUACAGAAUGUAAUGUCAAGUUACUUAUGUGUUAUAAAUAAAUGUGGUAAACUCUUCAGCUUACGUCUCAGUGUGGAAUAAUUGGCUUUCAUUUACUGCAGUGAAUUUUUAACAUCAUCUCUACUGACACUUCAAGUAUCAGAUUUCAUCAUGAUGUUUGUUUUCUUUAUGUGCGAGCUGAUCAACAAGUUUUACUUGUUUUCUCAUUUACAGUCAACGCUUUGCGUCGUUGUAGCACCAACCUUUUCUCUCGUGAUGUGGUUGUGCUUUUCAACCUGGGGCCUCAUUACAGACACUUCUUAAGUCUGAAAUCCUAUUUUAUCUCAGUUUAGGAUGACAUUUAGGAAUUUUGUAGUAUAGAAACAUGUUUCCCAACUGCAUUUAGGAA